ACCAUUUUUAGUUGCGAUCAAAUGGAGCGAAGGAUGUUAGAAGCAGCUCAAAAGGGCAAUGUCGAUGAGCUGAACGACUUGAUUGGAAGCAAUGGGCUCAUCAUCCUCGAGGAGAUGGCUCUCAAAGGAGCAGGUCACACACUGCUGCAUGUCGCUUGUGUGGCCGGCCAUUCGGAUUUCGUCCGAGAGCUCCUGAAGUUGAUGCCGAAGUUCGCGGAGAAAGUGAACGCGGAUGGUUUCAGUCCAUUGCACAUCGCAGCAGCUCGAGGCGACGUUGAGAUCACGCAGGAGCUCUUGACAGUGGGUCGACACCUGUGCUCUGUGAAGGGAUGGGAGAGAAGAAUCCCUUUGCAUUGUGCUGUCGUAAACGGGGAGCUCAAUGUCAUGAAGGUACUGCUAUCCACUUCACCUGAGUCUGUCGAAGAGACAACCGCCCGAGAGGAGACCGCGCUUCACCUUGCCGUGAAGAACAACCGGUUUGAUGCUGUCGUUGUGUUGGUGGAGCAUCUGAAGCAGCACAAGAAGGAGCAGGUGAUCAAUUGGAAGGAUAACAAAGGCAAUACCGUCUUGCAUCUCGCUACGGCUCUAAAAAAUUUCGAGGUGGUUAACUUCCUGCUUUGUGGGCAUGCUGUGGAGUCCGAGGUUGUGGAGGUGAACGCCUUGAACGACAGUGGGUCAACGCCUCUAGAUGUCUCAACUCUGUCUCAAAGGGGAGCAGGAGAUAGAGAGAUCAGAGAAAUUCUCGCACGAGCUGGAGCCAUACACCGAAGAGGAAGAUCAAACUCGCCCGCUUCAAGACCAGUCUCGGUGGACGAAAAGGAUAUCGAGGGAGCUAACAGUCAACAAUCAGAUGGGGAGCCAGUCACAAAUUCGAACAAAGAUGGAGAGUCAUGGGGCGACAUACGCAAUGCCCUGCUGGUCGUCGCCGCGCUCAUUGCCAGCGCGACCUACCAAUAUGUGCUUCAGCCUCCAAGCAUUAUAGAACGUGACAAGGCCGACAAAAAUUCCGCGGAUUCCAUGAACAAUACUUCCGGGAUAUCCUUGAACAAUACUUCCAGUGAAUCGGGGAACAAGGACACUGUAACUUAUGGCGCGGGCCUGGUGUACAUCCUUUUCCUGGGCGGCAACUCAUUCGGAUUCUUGGUGUCGGUCCAGAUGAUCAUUUGCCUCACCAAAGAUCUCCCCUUCAAGAAGCCGCUUAUGCUAUCCCUGACCGCAAUGGUUCUAACUUACUUUUGCUUCACGUUAUCCUUGCUGAUCACGUCAUCGCAUGGUGGGGCAAACGCAACUCUGCUGCACGUGACGCCGCUUAUGAUAUCAGUAUUUCUUCUACUGAUACAGAGGUGGUUGGCGAAAGUUAUAGCUUUUUUCUUGAAACAGCUUUAUGUCCUCGAUAUCAUGGGCGAUCUGUACAGUCGUAAGGUUGAGGACCAAAGUCGUGGUUGUUAAUGAAUGAUGGUAUUUCUCUUUCCUAGAGGUUGAGCUAAGACAUGCAAGCCUUUAGCAGUAUAGUAUUGGAGUGUGUUCGACGAGGUCAGACAUUAGACUGAUGUCCUUGAUUCUCUGCAGUUGAUUGUGAGAUGUCUGCAAGUAUUUCGCUGGAUCAUAUUUCCCUAAUAAAAUGUGUCCCGAGUUUAUAUCGC